GAGUUUGAGGGGAAGAUCGCGGAGGCCACCUCGGAACUGAUCCCCAACGGCGAAUUGGACAUUGCCGUUUCGCUUGAGAUCACAGACAUCAUCCGCAGCAAGGCCAUUGAGCCAAAGACUGCGAUGCGGUGCUUAAAAAAGCGACUCACCUCAAAUUCAAAGAACCCAAACGUCCAGCUUUCUACCCUCAAGCUCAUCGAUACGUGUGUCAAGAACUCGGGGUUCCAGUUCUGCGUGGAAGUGGCGUCCAAGGAAAUGAUCACGACAUUGACGAUUUUGCUCAAUCGCAAUGACACAAACCCACUUGUUGCCCUGCUAAUCCUCCAGCUUCUCCAGGAAUGGAGCGUUGCUUUCAAGGGCCAACUCCAGUUGGGGUUGGUCGAGAAAACGUGCGCGGAGUUGCGGGCCGAUGGCUACGAGUUUCCGCCGCUACAGGCCGUGUUUAACGAGGGCUUUAUCAACUCAGAAACCGCUCCAGACUGGAUUGACGACAAUGUCUGCAUGAUCUGCUCCGACCCGUUCACGUUUGUGAACCGCAAGCACCACUGCCGGUCGUGCGGGGGCGUUUUCUGCCAGGAACAUUCUGCGCACAACAUGGCGUUGAUUGACGUGGGGAUUAACGAGCCAGUGAGGGUAUGUGACGGAUGCUAUGAAAAGAGAAAUCGGAAGCGCGGCAAGAGCGGAGGAAGCGGGAAGGGAAAGCCUUCCAGGAGAGAACCGGUUGAAUCCGAUGACGAGGAAUUGAGAAGGGCCAUUGAAUUGAGUUUACGCGAACUGGGAACGGAGUAUGAGCCCGAGCCGGUGUGUGAGGAUGAAGAUGAUGCGGACAUGAAGGCCGCGAUUGCUGCCAGUUUGCGGGUGUACGAAGAGCAAUCCCAACCAAAGGGCUUGUACAACGCGUAUGUACCUACCGAAACCGCGCUCUACCAAACAAAUAAUCACCCGGAAAGCUUUCAGCCUCUGACGUUUCAAUCCCAGACAGUCCAGGAGCCACUGUAUGCUACGCUUUCCCAGGAGGAGGAGGACUCCAUCACGUUGUUUUCCUCGUUGGUGGAAAACCUUGCCAAUGGCCCGCCAGAUGCCGUCAUUAAGGACCGAAACUUGCAGACGUUGCAUACACAGGUUGCGGUGUUGAAGCCAAAGUCUUCGCGCGCAUUAAACGACGCCAUCGCCAAGUAUGAGAUGUUUUUGGAGUUGAACAACAAGUUGCACACAAUUUCGCGCUUAUACGAUCAGUUGUUGGAGCAGAAAUUAGCCCGUGCUUAUGAAAACCACCGCGUCUCCUCCCAG